AACGGUUCCACCGAAUGUCAUGCGUGCGUGUGUGUGUGUGCGUGCGUGUUAGUGUGUCGUACAAAUUGUUGGCGAACAGCAAAAAAUAAUAAAUAAAUAAAUGCACAUUGCGUCCGACAUUGCGUGUGUGUGCAGCCAGAUGGUGCAGUUGGAUGACCCCAGCGGAUGACCCCAAGAGCAGAUUGACCUCGCGCACAACAACAACCACAACACAACAAGAAUAGCAACAACAACAACAGAAACCAACCAACCCGCAAGCAGCAACCAACGGCGAUCGCUGGCACACACACACGCACACACAGGUAAUCCGAGCGCCCGCACGCACAGCGCAUAUAUAACGGUAGCGGCCAGACAGGAAGUGGCGAAUAAUUGAAUAUUCCAGCGACGUUCAGUGGUGGAUCCAAACUAAUGGCCACGGGCGGCGGAGGUGGAGGUGGUGGGGGUGGAGCUGCAGGCUCCGCCGGAAAUGCUGACCACCACAAGCGCAACACGUUCACCAGCUAUGUGGCACCGCUACCCGGAGAUUUGCGCGCCACCGCGGACACAAACGAAUGGUGUUUGCCCAGCGACAUGAGGGACGUCCAUCUGGCCAAGCCGCGCUUGCUGCAGGGGGAGCAAAUCGCGGCCUCGGCACCGGCCUACAUGUACUCCCCCAUCGAUCCCAUGGACAGCAGUGGAAACCCCACCACCUCGGGCUCCUCCUCGUCAGCAUCAGCGGACGGGGGCAACCAUAAGGAGGCCACCUUCGGGCUGUUGAGCGUCACCAAUUUCAAGCUGGCCUUCGUACCGCUCCACGCCAAGCGCAAUCCUGCCGCACCGCUUGUGGAUCUCUACCAGGAGAACGCCUAUCUGGGACGCAACGAGAUCACGCUAAACAACAUCGAUCAUAUUUACACCAUUGCCGAACUGGGACGGGCGGCCAGUGCGCUGCAGGCGGCGCGUGGCAUGGCCAGUAACAAUAGCAGUCGGCGCAAGAAACUGGAGCCAUUCAAGCAGCACAACAUCAGCGGACGGAUUGCCGCCCUGCACAUUGUGUGCAAGAACUUUCGGCUGUUGAAGUUCUCCUUCCAGCAGCAGGACUCGAAGGUGUUCGGUGCCAGUGAUCAGGGCAAACUGAUUGCCUCUGCCUUGGUUCGCUUUGCCUAUCCGAUGCGGCAUGAUCUGAGCUUUGCGUACGCGCACAAGGAGCCGUACUAUUCCACACUCGGCGCCUCCGGAACUAGCAUGUACGCGACAAAGAACGACUGGGCCAGGGAGCUGAUCCGUUGCGGGGCCACCGAGUGGCAGGUGGUGAGCAGCGCCAGCGUCCAGUUGCUGCAGAAUCCCCUCCAGGCGGGCAAGUAUACAGUGCCGCCGCACUUCGUCAUACCGAAGAGCUGCAGCGUGGAUCGUUUCCUGGACUUGUCGCGCGCCUUUUGCGACUCACGCGCUGCCUUUUGGGUGUACAGCUAUGGCAACAGUGCUGCCCUCGUGCGAUUAGCCGAACUGCAGCCGGCCGCGCAGCAGGACACCAAAUCAGAGAACGUUAUGCUGGAGCUGGUGCGCAAGUGCGAUGCGGAGCGACAGCUCAGGCUAUUGCAGCUGACUGAUCGCCUGCCGAGCAUCCAGGACGUGCUGCGGUCCUACCAGAAACUGCGACGACUCUGCACGCCGGAAACGCCGGAGAAGUUCAUGCUGCAGGAUGACAAGUACCUGGGUUUACUCGAAAAGACCAACUGGCUGUUCUAUGUGUCUUUGUGCCUACGCUAUGCUAGUGAAGCGGCCGCCACUCUGCGCGGCGGCGUGACCUGCGUCCUCCAGGAGUCGAAUGGCCGUGACCUGUGCUGUGUGAUCAGCAGUCUGACGCAAAUACUGCUCGAUCCGCACUUCCGUACGAUCGAUGGCUUCCAGUCGCUGGUGCAAAAGGAAUGGGUGGCCCUGGAGCAUCCGUUCCAGCGUCGGCUGGGUCAUGUUUAUCCUGCGCUACCGGCCGGCGGCAACGCCGAGCUGCAGGAGAGCGAACAGAGCCCCGUGUUCCUGCUCUUCCUCGACUGCGUGUGGCAGCUGCUGCAGCAGUUCACCGACGAGUUUGAGUUCACGCAGACGUACCUGACCACCCUGUGGGACGCCUGCUUUAUGCCCAUCUUCGAUACCUUCCAGUUUGACACGCAGGCGCAGCGCGUGAAGGCGGUACGCGACCUGCAUCUCGUCCUCCGGCCCGUUUGGGAUUGGGGCGAGCAGUUCUCGGACAAGGACAAGAUGUUCUUUAGCAACCCGCUGUACCAGCGCCAACGGGGGGAUCUGGGGGCCCAAGCGGCGGCGGCGGCUCAUCGUAGAUCUCUGGCGGUGGGAAAUAAGGUGGUGCAUGGUACUGCCAGUGGAUCCACGCCCUCCAGGAACACCAUCAAUCCGCAGCUGUUCUCCACGGCUUCCUCAGUGCCGCAGGAUCGUUUCCUGCAGCCGGCCUUCCGGAUCUUCGACCUGCAGGUGUGGGACCAGUGCUACUAUCGUUGGCUGCCCGUUUUGGACAUUCGCGGCGGUAGCCAGCCGCAGGUGGAUCUCUUCCAUCGCCUGCUGCUGAGCAACAUAGCGAAGGUACAGCGCUGUUUGGAGUUCCAGAACUUUGACGAUCUGCCGGACGCCUAUUACGAGGCCACCGGGGAAUCGCGACCCAACCAGUCGAAGGACGAGAGACCGGAGAAAGAGGAUGAGGCUGAGUUCGUGGACGGAGUCGAGCGUCGCAAGAAGACGACGACGACGAAGGCGGGCACACCCACGAACGGACUCAACUCGGUGAGCGGGAAUCUACAGCUGUCGACGCUAUCGUCAUUCUUUCCCUUCGGGAAUCCAAUCGCCGGCGAUGCACCGCAUCAACUAUACGAUAUACUAAACAGCAGCAGUGAGCUUCUGAUGGAGACGUCCUCCUUCCUUGACAAGUCCUCCAUUGUCUGAUCCACACACACUCGUUCCACUUGUUUACUUUCAACGCUGAACUUUCGAAGUAUUACAAAAAGAAAACAUUUACAAAAAACCCUCUCAGAGGAGCAACCCUUUCGCAUACAUGGCAUAUCGCUUUUAACACUUUUGAUUAUUGUUAACUAAUAAGCAAGUUAUGGUAUAAGUUUUUUUUAUUUCGUUUUACCACCACUAAACUGCAGCGCUAACAUGGACUAAAUAUAAAAAGAAACGUAACGACAAGCAAUUGAUGUGAAACGAAUUGAAACCACAAAAAUCCACAAAAACGAAAUGUAGGCAAACAUCCAACUAAAUCAAUAUGUAUUAUAUUGUAUGUAACUUAAUAUAUGAAAAUAUAUCGAUAUGUAUAUUUAAAUAAAUCAAAAUUGUCAAAUCAA